AUGGGUCUGCAACUGCGUCGAGCCGUUGGGAAAAUCAAAAAAGUUGAGAGAUUUCCAUCAAAGAUCACCGCCGAUCGGAUAUUGCUUUCAAAGGAAGAGCUCACCGCCGCCAAAUCACUGUCCACCGCAGCGGUUAAUGGUGUUUCUGGGGGCUUGGAAGAAUACACGAUGAGGUGUGGGGGUAUGGAAGAAGUUGUUUCCCAUUAG